UGGGAGCUUUACACUUUGCAGACUUCAGUGCACGUAGCCGCCGCUGGUGACAAGGUAACGGAGACGGUGAGGGGAGCGGCAAAGAGCAGCCAAAGGCCCCUCUUCCCCUCUUCUCCCCGCCUCCUUGAUACCCACUUCUCUCUCUCUUUUUCUCUUCCUCUCUUUCCAUGACCGUAUGAGAUGGGCAAGAGCAGCCAAAGCCCCAUCUCUUCUCCGGAGAUCGGAGGCUCGUCUCCUCUCCACCAUUCCCUCCCUCUCCAACGAGCUCUCCAUCUCCGAGCAGGUCCACGCCAUCCUCCACACCGUCCCCGCCAUCGAGCCUCCCCUCGAGUGCAUCGCCCCCCUCCUCACCCCCCACGUCGUCGCCGACGUCCUCGACGAGACCCCUGCCAUCCGCUCCGCCUUCCGCUUCUUCGUCUGGGCCUCGAGGCGCCGCCACCUCCGCAGCUGGCUCGGCCACAACCGGAUGAUCUCCCUGCUCCGGGACGGCGACGGGGGGUUCGAGUCGGCCUGGCAAUCACUCGCCGAGAUCAGGGAUUGCGGCGAGCUCAUCCCGCCCGCGGCAUUCACGGUGCUCCUCUCGGCCUAUUCGGCCUCCGGCAUGGCCGAGAAGGCCGUGGAGUCCUUCGGCCGGAUGGCGGAGUUCAAUUGCCGGCCCAACACCUUCACAUACAACACCGCUCUCCAGAUUUUCGUCGAUAAAGAUGUCAUCUUGCUCGCCAUGGCAGUCUAUAAUCAGAUGCUGAAGUCAGAUUGCCGCCCCAAUCGGUCGACCUAUAAUAUCUUGAUGAACGGCCUGUGCAAGGCGGGGAAGACCGAGGAUGCCUUGGCGUUGUUCGACGAAAUGCUCCAGAGAGGCAUCUCACCGAAUACCAUGAUCUACACUGUGUUCCUCUCCUCACUUUGCAAGGCCAAUAGGUUAAAUGAUGCGAGCAGGCUAUUGGAUUCCAUGAAACAGAAGAACUGCAGGCCGGACUCGGUUACCUACAAUGCAUUGUUGAGUGGGUUUUGCAAGUUGGGGAGAAUUGAUGAAGCUUUCGAGCAUUUGAAAUCAUUCAGGGAGGAUGGAUUCGUUCUUGGGUUGGGUGGUUACAGCUGCUUGAUUGACGGGCUGUUCAGGGCUGGGAGAUUUGAAGAGGCAUGCCGGUAUUACUGGGAAAUGUUGAAAAAGAAUGUGGUUCCGGAUUGUAUCCUGUACACUAUAAUGAUCAGGGGUUAUGUGGAAGCUGGUAGGGUCAACGACGCUUUCUCUUUCUUGACUGAGAUGACCGAAAGAGGUUUAGUUCCCGACACCUACUGUUAUAACACUCUGAUCAUGGGUCUUUGUGAUGCUGGCCUUUUGGACAGAGCUCGUUCCCUGAGGUUGGAGAUUUCGCAGCAUGACCUUUUUCCUGACUCUGCCACCUACACUAUCAUGAUCUGCGGAUUAUGCAAGGAAGGGCUUGUUCAUGAGGCACAGCAGAUCUUUGAUGAGAUGGGGAAGCUUGGGUGCGUGCCAACUGUUAUGACGUUUAAUGCUCUCAUCGACGGGCUUUGCAAGGCAGGGAGGCUGGAAGAAGCUCACAUUCUUUUCUAUAAGAUGGAAAUGGGAAGGAAUCCUUCUCUGUUCCUUAGACUCACGCAAGGUGCUCAUCGGGUUCGCGAUAGUAACAGUCUUCAUAAAUUGGUUGAGGAGUUGUGCCAGUCUGGGCUUGUACUUAAAGCAUAUAAACUUCUCCGAGAUAUCAUUGACAGUGGAGUUGUACCUGAUGUCGUUACAUAUAACAUACUGAUCAAUGGCUUGUGUAAGGUGGGGAACCCUGAUGGGGCACUGAAGCUCUUUAAAGAGAUUUACUUCAAGGGUCUCUCCCCUGAUGCAGUCACAUAUGGGACACUUAUUGAUGGGCUACUAAAGGUCCAUAGAGAAGAGGAUGCCUUGAUGGUUUUCCAACAUAUGUUGCGGAGUGGAUGCACCCCUAGCUUGUCAAUUUACAAUUCUCUUAUGAGAACAUUGUGCAGGAAGAAGAGAACCUCACAAGCAGUGAGCCUAUGGCUGAACCACCUCUUGCAAAAGCACCGGAUUCCUGAUGAAGCCAAGACCAUUGCAGUGGUGCGCAAAAAUUUUGAGCAAGGUUACCUGGAAGAAGCAGUUAGAGGAUUAAUUGACAUGGAUCGGAAGCAUGGUUCUGUUAGUUCACUCCCGUACACCAUCUGGCUCAUUGGGUUUUGCCAGGUGAGAAAAGUUGAUGACGCUCUUAAGAUAUUUAACAUCCUCAUAGAGUUCGACAUGGAUGCCACUCCCCCCAGUUGUGUACUUCUCAUAAAUUGCCUGUGCCGUGAAGGGAAGCUAGCUGCUGCGUUGGAUGUUAUGCUUUAUGCGCUGAGGAAAGGUUUCUUUUUUAUGCAACCUGUGGGUAAUCGUUUAAUUAAGAAACUUUGCAUGCAUAACAAAAUGGAGGCUGCACAAGAGCUUGCAUGGAGAAUGCGUCUCGCUGGAUAUGAUAUGGAUGCAUAUCUUCGAGCAACUACGAAAGGCCUUUUGUAUAAUAAUUAGAUUGGUGGCAGCUGAACUCUGUUGUAGCAUCAACAUUUCUCGGAUGGGUGAUUGGAGAGGUUUUUGUUAUUACUCUAAGAAGUCUGUGGCUUGGGUUGAUUACCCACAUUAAGAAGAAAAAAUCAGCUGCAUAGGUUCUGAAUGAUUAGUUAUUCUUUUGGGUUUUGUGUAACUCACACACUGAUCUUGUAACAUCAAUAAACAAAAGGCAAUUAGAAACAAGGUCAUGGGUUGCGCUUUUUUAUUUUAUGAUUA